AUCAUGCCCCUUUUAACAUGUGAAUACUUCGGCGCGAUACGUCCGAUCAGCUGUCAGAUCGACUUUUGACAAGAUUUUGACGUGCACACACUUGCACAUCGUUUGUUUCUGGUUGUUUCGGUUUGACCCCAGGCUCUGGAGUUCUGGCUGCGCUGCAAACACGCCGUCGAAACGAUCGAACAGCGAUUCGGUAUGGAUACAGUUAUAGACAGUGACCCCGCCGUCGUGGCCUACAGGGAGUGGGUUUGCAGGGAGUAUGGGACGCUGCCGGACUAUCGCUGCCUGCUGCGGGGGUGCGUGCCCCUCGGGUCGGUCUACACGGAGCCGGUGAUGGUGCAGAGGAGCAGAGAGCUGAGCCGCUGGGAGGAGGAGGAGGAGGAGGAAGAGGCCUGCCUGCGCGGAGACCUCACCUCCAGGGCCAGCCCAGCCUACCACCCCACACGCCUGGAGCAGCUCUUCUGCCGACUCCAGCGCCCCGCACACACACACACGCACGCACACACACACGCCGAGCCCCGACCCCUCGCGCUCAUCCUGCAGGGCCCCGCCGGACACGGCAAGUCUGUGGCCGUGAAGAAGCUGCUGCUGGACUGGGCCCGCGGCCGCCUGUACGAGCGCCUCUUUGACCUGGUCCUCGUGCUGCGUUGCGGCCAUCUCGGCCGCGCCCCUGCGGACCGCUCGCUAGUGGACGCGCUGAGCCCCGAACGCUGCUUCAGCAAUCUCGAUCUCGCCCCUGCAGACCGCUCGCUUGUGGACGCGCUGAGCCCCGAACGCUGCUUCGUCCCUCUGGUGUCCCGCGCGCUGCAGGAGCGUCCGGCACGGGUGCUCAUCGCCAUCGACGGCCUCGAGGACCUCCAGCCUCCUCUGGACGGCGCAGACGCAGACGCAGACGCAGGCCCCCAGCGGCCAGCGGAGCUCCGCGAGGCUCUCGGCGCCCUGCUCGGCGGACGGCUCCUGCCGCAGUGCCCCCUGCUGGUCACCACCAGGCCCGCGGGGGCGGACAGGCUGAGCCGGCUGCUGAAGAGGCCGCAGCGCACCGUGGAAAUGAUGGGCUUCUCAGAGGCGGCCGUGGAGCAGUGCUUCAGGAACACGAUGGUCUGCGCUGUCCUCUGGCACCUCCCUGACCGCUGCCCCACGGGCGCACCGGACCUCGACCUGCACUCGGCCACGGCUGUGAUCGCGUACGCCGUGUCCACGUUGCUACGGCGACACUGCCAGGGCUCGGGCCGGCUGAUGUCCACCGCACUGCGACGCCUGAGCCGCCGGGCCCUGAGCCACAUACUCCGGCAGCGGACGGUGUCUGACCAGGGAGGUGUGUGUGAGGCCGAGAGGCCCCUGGAGGUGGAGGAGGAGGAUGAGGAGUGGUUGAGCGAGGCCUUUGGCCACCCUAGUGUGCAGGAGUUUCUGUCGGCUCUCUGCUGCGUGUGGUCAGAUGGCGGUGCGUCCCGGAGGUCCAGACAGCAGCUGCUGCAGCUCCUCUCCCUGCAGGGGGACGAGCAGACCACCCCUGACCCCAGCCUGCUGGACGUGGGCCGCUUCCUCUGUGGCCUGGCCGACCCACGCGUGCGGGGCCUCCUCCUCACGGACACGUCGCCUCCGUUGCCCCCGGCGACAGAGGCCCGUCUGGACGUGGAGGAGUGGCUCCUGCGUUUGGCGGGGGACGUGCGGGACUCGUACGGCGCUGACCACCUGAGGCUGCACGUCCUGCGCUGCCUCCACGAGCUCCAUGACGACGGCGUGGCCAGCCGAGCCCUGGAGGCGUUGGGCAGGGUGCAGCUUUUCGGCGUUGCCAUGACGACGGCCGACUGCUGGGCGCUGUGCUACUGCCUGCUCUGCGCUCCAGCCAAUGGGAGCCUGGCGCUAUGGCGAUGCCACGUUACCGCGGACGCGCUGAGGAUUCUGAGGCCUGCUCUGACACGUUGCCAUGAACUGGAACUGCAGGUGGAAGGCCUGUCUGACACUGAUAUCCCAGAUCUCCUCAUGGCGCUUGGAAGAGGAAAGAACCUCAAAGAACUGGGGGUGGCUGGAAGCAGGUUGUGUGAUGAGAGUGUGCAGCAGGUGCUGGCAUGUCUUCCACAGCAGGAGAGUGUGGCCUUCAUCUCCCUCUCAGUGCGGAGCGUCUCGCCCCGGCCAGCCGCCAUGCUUGCCCGGCUCCUCCAGACCACCGAGUUCGAGCUUGCUGAACUGACGAGCAGUGAUGAGGAGACCUGCUGUUCUCACUUUUCCAUGGAUGCCUUCACAGUUACUCUUAGCCACCACUGUCAUGCCUCUCAGCCGAUGCUGGGAGAGGGGCCUGACCCAGAGCCGGUGCCUGCAGCAUUAGUGCCCUCUGCUGGCCACUCCACAGAGUGCGCUCUCCCGGGUCUGUCCUUCUCCGUGGGGGAGACUGCAGCCCUGAGCCUGAUAGACUGGGACACUCUCCUCCACGCCUACCGACCUUUCAGAGCUCCACAGGCCACUAUCCUGUGUUUUGAGGAGCGUGUCGGAGCGUUUGUCUCUCUCUUGCGGUCGCUGCCUCACCUGCGGAGGCUUGAUCUGGAGGUGAGUCACCUGAGCCUCACCUGGGCAGGUGAGCUGCUCUCCCUCGUCCACACCUGCACCAGUCUGUCCCACGCCAGUGUUCAGGAGCUCAGGCUGAAGGGUGGAUGUGGAGAAAGUCUCUGCUCAUCUAUCUCUGUGGAAAGGGACAUACACUACCCCUCACUUCUGACCAGCGAGUUCACACACCGUGAAGAGUGUGACAGCAGUGGAGUGUGUGUGGAUCUGCAGUACCCUGGACCAGCGUGCAGCACCCUUAUACUCACACACUCCCCUGGGGCUGACCACAGCUGGACUCAGCUGCUCCACGCCUUUCACACACUCAGCAGUAGAGUGUGUGAGGAGGGCCCCAGUGUGCUGCGGUCAGCGCUGCAUGGUGUGUGUGGGCUGAAGGGGCUGUUUGUGAGAGUGAGCCGCCUCACGCUGGACUGGGCAUCAGCACUCCUGUCCCUCAGCAACACCUGCCCCAGCCUAGUGGACAUCAGCAUUUCAGACGAUGUACCACCAGAGGCUCACCAGGAGGGGGCAGUCUGCUCCAGCCUCACACUGAGAAGAGACAAAGACGGCUUCACGCUAAGUGUCCGGCAUCCGUGUCGGGUGGACCCUGAGCCUGAGCUGUCGUCGCUCUCUCUGAGCGUGUCUGGGGCGUCGGCCGUGUCCUGUGAGGACUGGAUGGCCAUUCUCCAGGAGUUUGGCCGUUUGAAGCAUCUGCCAGAGAGUUCAUGA